CACCCGCCUGCACCCUUCCCGGGGCGCCCCUGGCGAGGGGUCUGUGUCCGCGCACGGCUAAAGCCCGUCCCCAGCGCUCGGGGUUGUGCUAGCCCCGCACACAAGAUGGCUCCGGUGGCCGGGGCAAACCCCGGUAGGGCCGGGAGGGUGGCGGUGGCGGCUCCCUGCCAUUGCCUCGCACCCCUUCGGUUCCCCCAGCUUCGCCUGGCUCUUGGGUGUUUUGAGCCUGGCGCGAAGCGGGACCGCGCCAAGGGGCAGCCGGGUUUUUCACCCCAGCCUCCGGUUUCUCUCCAUGAAGAGGCACCCGUCGGGGAGGCAGCCCGCAGACCGGUUACCGGCGACCCCUGUCCCAGACAGCCGGGCCACGACAACCCGAGCACUGCCUGCCAGGGUACUGAGCACGUCUGCUACCUCCGCCUGUGCGUUUAAGAACGAUUGUUUCGGGAGUGAAACGCUGAAUUUAAUUUAUUCGACAGUUUUUGGAUCACGGGGACUCCCCGGCGCAGGGGACCGAGGCGCCCUAAAGCGUGGCCACAGGCGGCGGGGUAGUCAAACCCGGUCGCUGUCUCAUGGUAAGCGACCCGGGACUCCCGUCAGCGCGGCCCCGAGACAGUAACGGAGCGGCCGGGGCUCACGGAGGCGGCCGCCCACCCCCUAUGCGAGAACGUGAGGCAGCCGAUUUUUACCUGGGACUUCGGACUCUUCUGCUUCUGUUUUCAUGGCGCACAUCACGAUAAAUCAGUAUUUGCAGCAAGUGCAAGAAGCCAUUGACAGCAGGGAUGGACAGUUUUGUGCAGAACUGGUGUCAUUUAAGCAUCCACAUGUUGCAAACCCAAGGCUACAGCUUCCAUCCCCAGAGGAGAAGUGUCAGCAAGUUUUGGAACCACCAUAUGAUGAAAUGUUUGCAGCCCACUUAAGGUGUACUUAUGCUGUUGGAAACCAUGACUUUAUAGAAGCAUACAAGUGCCAAACAGUUAUUGUCCAAUCUUUCCUGCGAGCAUUUCAGGCACAUAAAGAGGAAAACUGGGCUUUACCUAUUAUGUAUGCUGUAGCUCUUGAUCUUCGAAUUUUUGCUAACAGUGCAGAUCAACAGCUGGUGAAGAAAGGGAAAAGCAAAGCUGGUGACAUGUUGGAAAAAGCAGCAGAACUGCUGAUGAGCUGUUUUCGAGUCUGUGCCAGUGACACUCGAGCAGGAAUUGAAGAUUCAAAAAAAUGGGGCAUGUUGUUUCUGGUGAAUCAGCUAUUUAAAAUCUAUUUUAAGAUCAACAAACUCCAUCUCUGUAAGCCUUUAAUUAGAGCAAUUGACAGCUCAAACCUGAAGGAUGAAUAUAGUAUGGCACAGAGGGUUACAUACAGAUACUAUGUUGGACGAAAAGCCAUGUUUGACAGUGACUUCAAGCAAGCUGAAGAAUAUCUUUCAUUUGCCUUUGAGCACUGUCACCGCUCAAGCCAGAAGAACAAAAGAAUGAUUUUGAUCUACUUGCUGCCAGUAAAAAUGUUGUUGGGCCACAUGCCAACAAUUCAGCUCCUAAAAAAGUAUGAUCUUAUGCAGUUUGCUGAAGUAACAAAGUCUGUAAGUGAAGGGAAUCUUCUCCUACUGAACGAUGCUCUGACAAAGCAUGAGACCUUCUUUAUUCGGUGUGGAAUCUUUCUUAUCCUUGAGAAGCUGAAAAUCAUCACGUACAGAAAUCUCUUUAAGAAAGUAUAUUUACUACUCAAAACACACCAGCUAUCUCUGGACGCAUUUCUGCAUGCCCUGAAAUUCAUGCAAGUAGAUGAUGUUGAUAUUGAUGAAGUUCAGUGCAUUUUAGCUAACCUCAUAUACAUGGGUCACAUUAAAGGCUAUAUAUCUCAUCAGCAUCAAAAGCUUGUUGUCAGCAAGCAGAACCCAUUUCCUCCAUUGUCAACAGUGUGUUGAAUAUUGCAUCUUAUCCAUGCAAAUACUCUCAGGAUCCUGAGCUUGCCCAUUGGAUCUGCUCCUAAUCACUCUGAGAACAUUGUAAAUAACCUCGUUGAUGUCCAGGACUGGAAUACCAGGAACUGUUUGUGGCUCCUUUCCCAGAAUGACCAAAGCUGCCAGUGUUACAAAGUGCAUUGGGAUGAAAUGCCAACUUUUCAGUGAUAGUUUCAGCAGGCUUUCUAGAUCACUCAAAGUAUUUCGUGAGGAAAUACAGCAAAGCAUUCCAAA